AGUGUUUUUUUUUAUAAAAAAAUCUACAGGACUUUAAAUCAUGGCGGAUACAAUGGUUGCUCAUUUGGAUCGACACAAUAAGAUAGAUGUUGAGAUCUCAGAAGAUGAUAACAGAUUAACAAAACUGUGCUCUCUGAAGAAGAAGGCAAUAAAUGCGACGAACAAGUUUAAGCACUCCAUGACCAAGAAAGGUCGAAGGCAUAGCCGUGUGGCGUGUGUCUCAAUCGUUGAUGAAAUCGAUACAGAAGAGUUGCAAGCGGUUGAUGCUUUCCGUCAAGCUCUUAUUUUAGACGAACUACUUCCCUCUAAACACGAUGAUCAUCACAUGAUGCUUAGGUUCUUGAGGGCAAGAAAGUUUGAUCUCGAAAAGGCGAAGCAUAUGUGGGCUGAUAUGCUUAACUGGAGGAAAGAAUAUGGCGCAGACACGAUCAUGGAGGACUUUGAUUUCAAAGAAAUCGACGAAGUGGUUCAGUAUUAUCCACAAGGAUAUCAUGGUGUUGACAAGGAAGGAAGACCUAUCUAUAUUGAGAGGCUAGGCCAAGUUGAUGCCACAAAGCUGAUGAAAGUGACCACAAUUGAUAGGUACGUGAAGUACCAUGUCAAAGAGUUUGAGAAGACUUUCAACGUCAAAUUCCCGGCUUGUUCCAUCGCUGCGAAAAGACACAUUGAUCAGAGCACAACGAUCUUGGAUGUUCAAGGCGUGGGGCUUAAUAACUUCAACAAAGCUGCAAAAGAUCUUCUUCAGAGUAUUCAGAAAAUCGACAACGAUAACUACCCUGAGACGCUGAACCGUAUGUUCAUCAUCAAUGCUGGUUAUGGGUUUAGGCUUUUAUGGAGCACAGUGAAAUCUUUCCUUGACCCAAAGACUACAGCGAAGAUUCACGUUCUUGGCAACAAAUACCAAAGCAAACUUCUAGAAAUCAUUGAGGCCAAUGAGCUGCCUGAGUUCUUGGGUGGUAAGUGCACCUGCGCAGACAAAGGUGGAUGUAUGCGUUCAGACAAAGGUCCGUGGAACGACCCUGAGAUCUUCAAGUUGGUUCAGAACGGUGAAGGUAGAUGCCUGCGGAGGAGCUUGUCAGGGAUCGAGGAAAAGACAAUCUCUGAGUAUAACAACGAAACAAAGAAGAAAUGCGAACCAGAAGAGACUUAUAAGCAAUCUGCUGCUGAGAAGGAGAAGAAGUUCAUCGACAAGAAUGUGGAUGCUGCUCAUUGGCCUACAAAGCUUAACAAGGCUAACAACAACUCUACCGAGCUUAAAGAUGUGUACUCAGCUGUGAAUCCGUUGGAGAGGAGAGGGUACUUAUAUGGCAGCGUGAUGGCAUUGCUAAUGGGGAUAGUGGGAGUGAUGAGGCUAACCAAGAACAUGCCAAGGAAGCUCACCGAGGCAAAUGUGUAUAGCCGAGAAGGCAGCGCCGUGUACCAGGACGGAGUGACUGUUAUGUCGAGGCAGGAGUAUAUGGCGAUGGUGAAGAAGAUGACAGAUCUCGAGGAGAAGUGUAAGUCCAUGGAAGCUCAGGCUGCGUUUUCUAUGGAGAGGGAGAAGAUUCUAGACGCUGCACUUCGUCGUGUUGAACAGCUCGAGCUUCAGUUGUCUGAAACCAACAAGGCACUGGACGAGACAAUGACGAGGCAACAUGAGAUAAUGGCUUACAUCGAGAAGAAAAAGAAGAAGAAGAGAAAGUUCUUAUUAUUCUAGAAGACUGCAUCAGAGGUUAACAGUAGCCUCAGCCUUAAAGCUUCCAAUUUCUAAGAAGCCUGGAAUAUAAAACAUAAUUCCAAUUACUGUAAUCUUAUAAAUAUGGAUACUGGAGAAGAUAUAAAGAUGAAGUCAUGUU